CGCCAGGAUACGUAAGACGCGGGAGCCCCUGGUGAACUGGAGUGGUGAACCCGUCCUUCCUUCUUUCCUUUUCUCGCUGCAGUCAUGUCUGAAAGUAAGACCGUGCCGGCCAAGGGCCCUCUGCAGUCCGUGCAGGUUUUCGGGCGGAAGAAAACUGCAACUGCUGUUGCCCACUGCAAAAGAGGCAAUGGGCUCAUCAAAGUUAAUGGAAGACCAUUGGAGAUAAUUGAACCUGCGACCCUGCAGUACAAGCUGCUGGAGCCUGUUCUCCUUUUGGGCAAGGAGCGAUUUGCUGGUGUUGACAUCAGAGUCCGUGUGAAGGGUGGUGGACACGUCGCUCAAGUUUAUGCAAUUCGCCAGGCUAUUUCUAAAUCAUUGGUGGCUUAUUAUCAGAAAUAUGUUGAUGAAGCCUCCAAGAAGGAAAUCAAAGAUAUUCUUAUUCAGUAUGACAGGACCCUUCUAGUUGCAGAUCCUCGUCGUUGCGAGUCCAAGAAGUUUGGUGGACCUGGAGCCCGUGCUCGCUACCAGAAGUCUUACCGUUAAAUUUACCAUGUACAUUUUUCUGCAAUAAAGUAUGGAAAAU